AUGCAAGCCCACGGCGGCCACGGCGGCACGCCCGCGACCAUCGGCUCGCGAGAGCUGCUGCCCGUGACAGUGGCGCAGCCCAGGGGAGCGCGUGUGGACGCCCAGAAGGCCGCAGGCUCGAAGCAGCAGCAGAAGCCGCCAGCGGCGCCGGCGGAUGAGAAAGACCUGGCCUUCGACCGAGAUGACGGCCGCGAGGUGCCGAGCCAUGAUCUGGUGUACAAGCAGGCUGUGGGCACGUCUGACGCGUUCCUGGGCAUGUCGGGCAAGGACCCCUCCUCAGCCUGCUGCGAGACGCUGGUCGUUCGCAUACGGCUGCCACAGGCGGCGUCGUCAGCGGGGCUGGACCUGGAUGUGCGGCCAACCCGGCUGCGGCUGCUGUCUGAGCACUACAAGCUGCUGCUGCACCUUCCCCGCAAAGUGGACGCCGACCGCGGCCGCGCGCGGUGGGACGCGGCGAAGAGGGAGCUGGCCGUCAGCGCGCCCAUCGUGGACGAGGACCGCUUCCCCUGA